AGAAACAAUAUUUAUUUUCCUUAAAUGAUGUUUUUAUUAUUAAAUUCUAUUAAUCAUAAAAUUACAGGUACACCUUUUUUCUUUGCAAAUAAUGCACAGGGACAACAAAUUCACAGCAAAAACAUUCGAUAUGAACAGUGUGCUGUUGGGACAGGUAAAAUGAACAUCACUCAUAAAAGAUCAAUUUAUUAAACGUAAUAUCAAAAUCAUACGUAUUUUUAUAGAUUACGAAGGGAAUUCUAAUAUACAUUUUGAUUUUGUUUCAAUUUUUAUUAAACUAUCGUCUGUGUUCUUAAUCGAAAAAGCAAGAUGUUCAAAACACAGAUGUUACAGCAAGAUGUUAUUCUGGGUAAUAUGUGUGUUCCCUUCAUCGAUUCUUUCGCAAUUUUCUCAGAUACAAAAUAUUAUUAUUUGUAAUAAUAGUUUUAAAUUUGCACUGAAUUAUGUAUACGUAUUAUUUAUAAGCAAUAACAUGCAUAUAUAUAAUGUCAAUAAAUUUAUCGAUAUAAAUUAGAAAUAUUUUUUUUGAAUAAACUACUUAAGAAUUUCUUUUUAAACAUUUUAUAUAUAAAUUUUUCAUAUUUAUCGACCACUAUAAUUAAAACUUAAUUUUACCCUUUCAAAUUCGUUAUUAUAAAUAGAUAUAAGACACAUUCGAAAUUUGAUCUCAACUCAGAUUUUCAAAAAUAAAAAUAAAAAUAAAAAUACAGUAGAUAAUCAUUAUGGAAACGAUAAAAACAUUUCAGAGAUAUCAAAGUAUCAACGAUAACAAUUUAACGAUACGUUUUCAAUCUAAAUAUCUCUAAAUUUAUUUUUGACGUUUGCUUCUGACAAUGGAUCGUUUGUAUGAAUGUAAGUUUCACUCAUUCACUCGUCCAAUUUUGAGCAAAUCAUAUGUUGUCAUUGCAACAAAAUGAUGGAUAAUUGCACUCGUGAUAAAGGAUUAUAAUCUAUGGAAAUUAGAAUUAAUUUUCUUUCGUUUCUUUCAAUUCGUCUACAGAAUAAAUAAUAAUUAUAAUUGUAAUAACAUUUCAUUUCGUUGUUUUUCAUUUUGCAACCGUGCAUGCAAAUGUUAAAAUAUCUUGUUUUCGUGGUCGAGGUUCAUGGCGCGGAUGAUUUCAAUUUUAAUCAUAACGAGAACAAGGAACGCGGUGAUUUCUCGAAGGAGAAAUCAGAAAUGUUAUUCUUAUUUGUUAUAUGGGGUGGAGUCGAAUCAAUCUAUUCUUCUCAAGGUUAAUGUCGAGAUCAGAGAUAAUGCACAGAGGUAGUAGGAGUUAUUUUCUGUUAAAUACUAUCACGUAUCGACGACAUUAAUACCGUGAAAUAUGUUUGUAAUGAUAAUUCAACGUUGUUAUUCUACGCUAAGAAUUCUCGCGUCAGUUAAACAGAUCACCCAAGCGCACCUCUUUUUAUAAAAUGCAUAACAAAAUAUUGGAUCUGCCAAGAAAUAAAAUUUUCAUAUUUUCUCUAUUUAGAUAUUAUCAUGAUAUAAAAGUUUUGUAAAACGAAAUACUUGAAAAUUUACUUUGUUUUUAUAAGAUAUUUAAAAUCGUAAAAUCAGGUCAUUUGAAUAAAUUUUAGUAUUAAACGAGCAUUAAACGAUCUUCAAGAAAUGAAAAUAAAGUGAUUUAAAAAAAUUUUUUCAAAGUCAUUUAAUUUAUGCCUUUGUCAUUAGAAAUAAAGGAAAUACAAAAGUAUUGGAGAAUUGUAAUUUGCUUAAUAACGAGCAAGAUAUAUCUAUGUAUACCGAUAUAACGCGGAUUCAUUCUGUUUAUUUUCCAAUCGUAGCUCCACCCUUUCACCCGGAUCGAACAACAUAAGUUGAACAAACAACACGUGAUGACUCUUCAAAUUUACCAUUCCAUUCUUUACCACUCGUUAUGAAAACAAUCGAUGAAACGCAAAAAACGCGUCUUCUCUCGAUUCAUCAUCAACUUUCAUAAAUCACGGCUAAAGAUAAAUGCAUUAGCUUGGCCAAACACUUUCACCCAUCAACAAUAACUACGCAAAAAAGUUUGCCAAUAUUCCCAAGUAAACUCUCAACGCAAUUCCUCCGAUAUAUCAAUGUCAAACUUGUUUCCGGAAACCACGUGUCGUCACCGUGCGCCCAUCAACUAAACAUCUCGAAAACGAGGAGACACGGGGUAAAUGUGGCACGAUCCUUUGACGAAUCGAACCCCCGAUUAACCCGAUCGGCCUUUUAAACGAUCAAGCUUCGUUCUUUCGUCUAAUUCUGGCGGUAAACAAGCGGCGGCCGAUUUGUCGUGUAGGCGAUCACGCGACUGCGCGAGUCAUCGCGCGCUCUGAGGCGCCGUCAUUUAUGACCGACACGCAGUUGUUCAGUAUUGCGCCAACAGUCGCGCUGUGAACGUGCGUGUGGGGUAUCGUUGGUCCUCUUGAUGCGCCGAGUGUCGCUUUAUCAGUUAAUCGAACGCGGCAAAUCGACGUUGUUCGAUUAAACUCUUGUCACACGUGUCAAGAAAUGUCUACGUUGCGAUAUCCAAGUUACACCAUAGACUCGAGAUUAAAUUUGGAAAAGAGGGAAAUUUAAGGGAAAUCGAUAAAUUUUCCAUCCCCCGGUUAUCGUUCCUCGAAUUCGAAUCGUGCGAACACACGGUCAUAGACGUGUAGUGUAGUUUUAUGUAAUGUGUGACCUAGAAAAAGCACUACUGACCGGUUCUGGAGCGAUUAGAUAAGAGGGGAAGCAUACAGAAAAGCUGGAAUUGUACGCUGGUGUAUGAAAUACCGCGAAACGGGCCAGUGGGAAAUCUGACGUUUCAUUGAUACGUAUAUACAAGCCUCUAUUAUGCGAUGUACAUUCCAUUUGCACGAGGUGAAUAAAGCGAGAAGUGUAUAAAUACGUAUACAUAUAUAUAUAUAAAUAACGGAUAUAUAUACACACAUAUAUAUAUGUAUAUAUAACGGUUCCACGCGCGUUAACGCGGUACAAUGUGUUUUUAACCGUUUGAUGGGAUUUCUCCAAGCAAGACUAAAUCGUGGACAAGGAGUUGCUACGUGAUGAAGAGGAGAAAAUCAGGAUGUUGAGGUUUGGAUCCAUAUUGGGCGUGUUGGUCUUUCUGACCAUCGCGAAAAUCGUGAUCUCAAAUCGAUGUCUGACCAUGCUCGAAGAUGUGAAUCCAAAGAGGGUAAUCCACUUGGACGGGCAACCAUUGAACAUAAAUUUCGAGGUGUCUCGUAGAGUGACUCAGAGGCUGGCUACUAUAAUCAUGAAAAUAUUCUUGACAGAGGUGCUCGGUUAUUCGCAAGUGUCUAUCUAUGAAGUGGAGGAUGAGUUCAGGGCGGAGGAAACUUUCACUAGAUUGUCCGACGACAUUACGUUUGAUAACAACGAAAAAAACCUUCCAAUGGUGAAUAUGGAGGUGUGGAUUCCGCCACAGCUAGACACGAUGCCACUGUUAAAUUCACAUGAAGUGAAAGAAUGCGGAUCCAUCGCUCCUCCGGGUCAUUUCGGUUGGUUCGUUCCGAUUGCGUUAUCCAGGCGCAGCGACAGUUGGAUAAUCUUCACGGAGCUUGAAAAAGCUUCCCGCUUCGAAAUGGACGAAUCCACGUUGGAGAACAUUCGGAAUUUUACCAUAGACCCGAAAAACAGAACCUAUUACUGCCAGGAAUCGUAUUGCCAGCGGGGAAUGUACAUUCCGGAAUGGUGCCAAGGGAAACCGUGCGCUUUAUUGUUGACCAGUUACAUCAAUGCUACCAGUUUUGUCAAGGAUCACAUAGAUCAAAUGAAACUGUACGUGAAAGUAAUCUGGUUCGGGUCGAAUUUGAAACACGUGAUCAAACUUGCCGAGGAGCUGCUGUUUGAUCGAAACUCGUCUACUUCGACCGAUAGAUCGUUGGUAUUUCUGCAUUGGACUCCCAGCACCGUGAUACCUAACGAGAGGGAAUUCGUCAGCAUCGAUUUCCCCCGAUGCAGCGCCACGAGCUCGGAAAUCGGUUGCAAAUACGAAUCCAAUAGAUUGACCAAACUCGUCUGGGCUAAGCUCGAAUACGCCGCCAAAUUAGCCUACGAGGCGAUUAACUACGCGAAAUUCACCCGCGAGAUGUACGAGGAUCUGAUCAACCGGCGCAACCACGAUUUAUCCAGAAACGAGGAGGAAAUCGCGUGCGACUGGUUGAGAGACAAUCUCAAUUACACUCUCGAUUUAUGGAUGCCGAACAUCGCCGACAAGAACAUUCUUUACGUGGGUGGGAUAUUUCCUAUGAGCGAGACGUUUUAUUCGGGGAAAGCGAUAUUGAUCGCGUCUAUGAUGGCAAAGGAGGCGAUCAACGUCAACAAUACCAUCCUCAGAGGUUACAACUUCACCCUGUUGGUGAAUGACGGCCAAUGCAAAUCGGAUAUGGUGAUGAGAUCGUUCAUCGAUUACAUAGUGCACAAUCAAUAUGAGAAGCUUGUCGGUGUUUUGGGGCCGGCUUGUUCGGAGACCGUGGAGCCUUUGGUCGGUGUUUCCAAGCAUUAUAAGACGGUGGUCAUUAGUUAUAGCGCCGAAGGAUCCAGCUUUAACGAUCGCACCAAAUAUCCUUACUUCUUUCGGACUAUCGGUGAAAACAAGCAGUACAAGCACGUUUAUUUGCAAUUGUUGAAGAAACUGGGAUGGAAGAGGGUGGCUUCGUUGACGGAGGAUGGACAGAAAUACACCGAGUACAUAUCUUACAUGCAAGAUUUGUUCAGAGACAAUGGAAUCGUGUUCGUGGCGAAUGCAAAGUUUCCAAGGGAACGGGAACCCAUUGUGAUGACUAAGUAUUUGCAAGAUUUCAAACAGAAGAAGGCAAAGAUCAUCAUCGCUGAUGUAUACGAUCAAGCAGCCCGGCAAGUGAUGUGCAACGCGUACAAAUUAGAAAUGACAGCGGCUCAGGGUUACGUGUGGUUCUUGCCUCUUUGGCUACGACCAGAAUGGUACGAUACGGAUCGAUACAAUGAGAAAGGAGAACAGGUUCCAUGUACCACGGCAGAAAUGAGUAAAGCGAUAAACGGAUAUCUCGGUUUAUCUCACGCGUACUUUGCACCGGAUAACGACAUCAUGCAAGAAGGGAUAACGGUGCGUCAAUGGCGCGAUCGUUACGAGCUUUAUUGCGAGAAGAAGAAACAACCACCGUCUAAUUACGCCGGUUACGCGUAUGACGCCAUGUGGACUUACGCCUAUGCGAUGGACAGGCUGCUUCGUGAAAAUCAGAGUUACGUUUUCGAUCUGCAUAGCAAUCAUACUAUCAAUCGAUUAACGGACAUCAUCGGUGAAACGGAUUUUUACGGGGUGUCUGGGAGAAUAAAAUUCUUUGGUGGCCCUUCGAGAUAUUCUGUUAUCAAUAUCGUUCAGCAUAUUAAUAACGAAACUCGAUUGGUCGGUAAUUUUUACCCUAACGUGUCGGAAAAGCAGCACGAAGUGGUGGGUGGUAAACUGGAUUUGAAUGUCUCUUCUUUAGUCUGGCUAUCGAAAACCAUGCCAGACGAUGGCUCUGAACCACCCCCACGAUGUGUCAUCGGUGGAUUUGCAGAUUUCAUGAACGUGUCUUGCGAAGUAGCUUUCGUGAUCGUCAAUAUCUUUGGUUUUAGUUUACUGGGGACAUUUUUGAUCAUUGGUUUCAUCAUCAUCAAACGAAGAUACGAAAGAAAAGUACGCGAACAGAGAGAGUAUUUGAAGUCUAUGGGUAUAUCCUAUGCUUGUGACGACUCGUCUGAUCUGGACAAAUGGGAGAUACCUCGACACAGAGUAGUUAUUAACCGAAAAUUGGGGGAGGGUGCUUUUGGAACGGUUUACGGUGGUGAGGCGUUCUUCCCUGAAAAGGGUUGGCUAGCCGUGGCCGUGAAAACUCUGAAAAUUGGAAGUUCCACCGAGGAAAAAUUAGAUUUUCUAAGCGAGGUGGAAGUGAUGAAACAGUUCGAUCACAAGAAUAUAAUCAAGCUGUUAGGGGUUUGCAUCAAAAGUGAACCAGUCUUAACUGUAAUGGAAUUCAUGCUUUACGGCGAUCUGAAGACGUAUCUUCUCGCCAGAAGACAUCUCGUGAACAACAGUUACGAAGAUUCGGAUGAGAUUUCUAAUAAAAAGUUAACCGCAAUGGCGUUAGAUGUAGCUAGGGCGCUCAGCUAUUUGGCUCAGUCAAAAUAUGUUCAUAGGGAUAUUGCCUCGCGUAAUUGUCUGGUGAACGCGCAACGUAUAGUGAAGCUUGGAGAUUUUGGUAUGACGAGGUUGAUGUACGAGAACGAUUACUACAAGUUCAAUCGAAGAGGUAUGCUACCGGUAAGAUGGAUGGCACCAGAAUCCUUGGGACUAGGUAUCUUCACUCCAGCUUCGGAUGUGUGGUCCUAUGGCGUUCUCUUGUACGAGAUUAUCACGUUCGGUAGCUUCCCUUUCCAGGGUAUGAGCAACUCCGAAGUACUGAAUCAUGUUAAGAGUGGAAAUUCGUUGAUGGUCCCCAAAGGAGUGAAGAUACAAUUAGAAAACUUGAUGUACUCUUGUUGGAGACUAGAUCACGUAAAGAGGCCAACUGCUCCGGAGAUCGUCGAGUUUCUAGCGACGAAUCCUCGAAUUUUAUCUCCGUGUUUAGACGUUCCUUUGGCCAGUGUACAAAUCGAGCAUACUGGACAAUUAGACAUAGAGUUGCCAGAGAAUUUGAGGAAGUUUUCAUUGUCGUGGCCACCUCAGAAUUCCACGACUCGAUCCACGUCUACGUCCAGCCCUUUCGGUAUACCGUAUCCUCCUUUGCUAGACAUCAAUGAUCACGACGAUAAGCCGAUUGAAAACUCCAUUAUGGGCAACGGAAUCACCGAUAUAGAGAGUUCCAGGCCACUUUUGUUGAACGCUAACGAAUCUUUGUCGGGUUUACCUAUGAUUCUUCAAAGUUUCAAGCAGAAAGAGGAGUCACCGCAUAAAUAUGUGAACAUUCAGCCGGGAAUAUCGAAUAAUUGCGAUUAUUCGAGCGACCAGAACGGCGGUAGUAGCAUUCAAAUGGAGGAAAGAAGGGCCAUAUUGCCGGAAAGUAGAAAGUCGGAGGACGUGUCGAUUCUUUGACAGCAAAAGAAACAUACGAUUUCGCGGCAAAAAUCAAUGGUGCAUUUCUAUAGGCACGCCGAAGGCAUAUUUGGAAAAUAUGCAAAAAAGUCUUACAGAAAGACCAGCGUUUAAUCACCUGAUUGUGGACCUAAUUUUGCUGAUCGGGUUGACAUGUUUCCGUUUGAAAACGGACGUUUUUACAAGUGUGGUGUCUUCGCUAUAUGUUUGCGAAGUGAGAAGAUGUGCAACGCGUUUAAUUGAUACAUUGCGAAUUAAAAUCCUUUAAUUAAAAUUAAAAUCGAUUUAACUACGAUGAAGAGAGAUUUACAAUAGAUAUCAGCGAUGAAAACGGAAAACAAUAUCAGCUGUGACGGGCGGAAAUGAUUUUUCGAAUGCAAAUAAGCGAAAUGAUUCCUUAGAUUUUCGCUCAAUCCAUUUUUGAGACUGAUAAAUGUAAAAAAAAAAAAAAAAAAAACAAUUAAUUUACCGAUUAAUCGACGCGAUAGUGUUGGAUAUUUCAUGGUAAAAGAAAAGUAAACUUGCAGAAUAUAAAAACUUUCUAUUUGCCUUGAGAAAAAUUUGAUAUUUUAAUAAGUUAUAUCGAAUGAAGUAUUUUAUCGUCGCAAGCAGAAAUUUCCAUUGUUUUCGCGUCGAGAAAGAAGUAAACAGAAAAGAAAAGGCUGUUUCGGUUAGAUACGCAGUAGAUAAUCGAAAGGAGAAUGACUGAUAAAAUUUCACGGCAUUUCUCUGUCCAAAUAGACAAUCUCGAGAUUGAGAACUUGUGGAACUUCAUAAAAUUUCCAGGCAAUUAUAUCGACACGAAACUUUGUGAAGAAGUUUACAGCAUUUUUUUUAAAGAUAAAACUGAAUACAAAAUUGAAGCAAUAUUUUACACACAAGAACUGAUCAAGUAUCGACGUUCAUGUGUAACCAUGACAUUUAUAUAAAAGAGUAUAUAUUUUAUGCGUACACGUUUAACAUCACGGAUCGAGGGAAAAUAAAAAUAUAGAAAUGAAAAAAAAAAUAUGCGCCCUUCAGUUCCAAGUAUAUAUAGUAUAUUUUUUGACUCGUUUUUUUGUGAAAUAUAUUUAUCGAUUUGAAGAGAAAAAAGCGACUGUGGCAUAGUUACUAGCUAUUAUGGAAAACGCUUCGUCCUCGCUAAAAACUAUAAUGAAGCGUAAUAAACCGAAUAGUUACUAUUAUUAUAUACUGUAUCUAGUGAUUGUCCAUCAAUUUAAUCAAAGAAAUUUUGAUCGAGAUUUCUUUUUGUAAAAUAUAUAUUUAAUACACAUUAAAUUCCUCUGGUUACGUGCUUCAUUAUGAAAGCAAACAUUUUUUUUAUUCGUAGAUAGAAAUAUUAUGAUUCGUGACAAGAUUCAUUAUUAAUUAUUUAGGUGUAAUAACAUUCUCUAUAUCUUGUAGAAACAAUUUGUUAAAAAAAACAUAAUGAAUCACAUACAUUGAGGAGAUUGAUUAUUGUUGAAUUCAAAAGAAGAGGAAUAUAAAAUUAAUAUUAAGUAUUUAAAAGCAGUAAAAUUUUGCAAAAUUUUAGUGUAAUUUUCUUUAAGAACUACAAAUCACCUCGAUGUAUAUUACACACGUAUACAGGUUGCUUGAAUUUUAAUAAUAGCAACCAAAAAUGAUAUUACUCUUUGUUUCAUUUAACGAGACACAUUAUUUAUUUUCAUAUUCAUUAUGGAACAAAAUAUCUUUAUUAUUUCGUUUUGUUCAUUUUACGAACAUCUCAUUAAUCGAACCAUCAUAUUAUAUAUAGUUUAUUUUUGAUACAAACUUUCUUUGACGACGCAUUUUCUUUUUCUUACAUUAUCCAAAGAAUAUGUUCCUAAUCGAUUAAAAUCCAGACAUCCUGUGGUACGUACAUAAACUAUUAUUAUUGUCCAGUAAUUCUGUGAGAGACGAUCGAUAAAAACAAAGUAUUUUUAAUUUCCACACUGAUUCCAAUUCAUAGUUACUUUAUUCGUUCGAAUAUUGAACAGAGAUUAUACGCGAGAAAUCUUUUAUUAUUAAUCCAUUUCUUACGUACAUCUGAAAAAAAAUAAAAAGAUAUUGAUUAUAUUUUACGUUAUAUUGUGUCGAUCAUGUUUAUCGUAGUAUCUAUUUAUCGAGUAAAUUUCUCCUCUUUUCAAUUUUCAAUUUUCUUUCUCUCUUUUUUUUUAUACCGGGUUUAGAUUAGAUGAUGUAAUUGAACGUUCAUUUACUUUAUUUACUUUAUUUAAUGGACGUUACGGGUCUUGUUCUACGUCAUAUGUAGAGAAUAAAGUAAGAAAAUUUUUAGUCUAUUAUACGACGUAAGUAUAUCGGAUUUGGACGAUACAAUCCUUCCUUAAAUAGCUUUACACGAGAGAAAUCGUUAAUGUAAUAUUUAUUUUCGAAUUGUACAGUUGUAAUUUUAUAUUCGUUGUAGAUAAUGAGAAAUUGAUGAAAUGUUGAGUACUGUUCCAUACAGAUACUAUUGUUAUUCCUUGAAAAAAUAUUUAUUAUACAUUCUCGAAUUAAAUUAUAUAAAAAACGAA